CAUGUCACUAAUGGAUCGGAAACAAUCUCGUUAACACGGGUCUAUGAGGGGCCAUUGGAUGUCACUGGUCAGUGUUCGAGAUGAACCUGUCACAGACCAGGAGAGCAAGAUGGAAAUAUUCACCCGUCAUCCCGAUAGCGGACGGGGCUCUAAUUGUUUGUCCGCAGUAACAGCAUCCGACAUUGAUUGCCUGUCGUCUGCCUACUGUUGAUAAAAAGGCCCGAUGGCGGGAAAAUAAUUCACUAAAAUUGCCGUGGUAUAUAUACCAAUGCUACUUUUGUUUGGAUUUUGAAUAUAUUAUCCACAGAAAUGUAUUGUACUGUAAUGGAUAUGUAACCUAUUAAUAUAAAUAGGCUGCAAAGGGAACUGUGUUGCUGGAAUUAAGCGCUUUUUGCCUGUAAGCCAUACAAGUUCCAGGGAUCAUAGUCGAUCGAUGCCUGUCAAUUUACUGCUUUAUUUGAUUUUAACACUUUUUGAAUGUUGUGGAAAUUGUUGUUUGCGCACGCAUUAAGCACAUUUCUGAUUCCGAAUGAAAGGGUUUCGGGCGAUCUAGACAUAAAGGCAGCAUACAGUGUCUUCCGUGCAUAAAAAACAACAAAGAAAACUGGAGACACAGUCAGGUUGAACAUGCAAUGUGUGAAGAAAUCAUUGAUCACUUUUCUCCUGAUACUUUUGAAAAGUAUGAUUGCGCUUGGAGAAGUGUCCAUGCAACCAUGCUUGACGGAAUAUUACACAAAACCGUAUAAUCGAAGCGUAGAGGUCAUGGAAGUUAACUGUCAAGGUCAAAAUCUUGAACUUUUCCCUAACCUAACUCAGUUCGGAGAUUUACCAAUACAGCGAUUGGAUUUGCGGAACAAUUCGUUUUCAAAUUUGACAAUUUCAUCGGAAGUUUUUAAUGGUGCUAGUAUCAAAGAACUGAAUUUGGACAACAAUCAGUUUAUUGAUAUAGAAUAUGACGCAUUAAGCAACGUAGAGGGCAUGAGAAAAUUGACAAUGAACAAAUGUGACCUUCAGUCAAAGGAUCUUGAUUUUCUUCGAAAUAUUCCGCAAUUAUCGUUUUUAUCUUUGAGAUCAAACGAAAUAAAAGAAGUGAGCGACAAAACCGUUUUUAUAGGAUCUCCUCUGGAAUCGCUCGAUCUAAGUUUUAAUUCUGAUAUCAAAAUUCAAGAGGAUGUUUUAAAACCUUUAACUCCUACAUUAACUCACUUACGAUUGGACAACUGCAAAAUUGAUGUUUCGAAUCUUCAGUUUUUACACGGUCUUAGUAAGCUAAAAAAUUUGUCAAUGAAAAGCGCUUAUUCAACAAAGUACAACAGUAUUCAAAACAGAUUCGAUAGCCUCGAGCUUUGGAGCUUGGAAUCUCUUUCACUCUCUAACUCUGGAUUAAAGGUUAUCUUUGAAAAUGUAUUUGACGGUCUUAAUAAUCUAAAGUAUCUGGACCUCACACAUAACGAACUAACAUACAAGAUCUUUGACGUGACAAAUACUCUUCCAAAUCUCCAAGUGUUAAAGUUGUCAUUCAAUCCAAGUAUCCAAUCCGUCAUAAAAAUUCUCAACAAAAACUUACGUGAGUUGCACAUGGAAGGAACGGGUGUCAAUCUCAUUUCCCCUGAUGCUUUUAAAAUUUUAGGAGAUUCUCUGAAACUUCUCAACCUAAAAUCGUGUCAACUUCCGGCGGAAGGCGGGAUGUUCCUUGUGGACCCUUUCCGGUCCCUUAGGUCACUGAGAAAAUUAGAUCUAUCUUACAAUUACUUGAAGCUAAUAUUCAACGAAACAUUUGAUAACUUGAAUAAACUCGAGGAACUUGACCUAAGUGGUAAUACCAUUAGGUUUAGUGUUCAUGACUUUAGUGGUCUCGAAGAGUCAUUGAAAUCCCUGAAGAUCCGAAAUAUGACCCUACAAUAUUUGCCCUUGGAGGCACUGUCUACUCUGGAGAACUUGCAGGAAUUGGACGCUUCUUUUAACAAUUUUACAAACAUUACUAGAAACUUUUUUAAAGGAUUAUCCGUUAAAACUUUAAACCUGACAAGUUGCAACAUCUCUGAAAUUCAGCAUCAUGCAUUCGAGGACUUCAACAAAACCAACCUAAUAUUGGAUGAAAAUCAUAUUAGCAAUCUAGCGUUCUUAAGCUUAUUAAGUCAUAGUGCAUUUGGAAAUUUGACUUUGAAUGAAAAUGGUUUUAACUGUAGCGCACUAGAGCAUAAAGUUCGUAGCGUGGUAUUCGAAACUUUGGAGGGUUAUUGUACCGUUGGGAACGAAACAAGGCAGCUCAGCGCAUAUUUCAUUGAAGAACUCAAUAUGAAAAUGAGAAGUUCGUCUGGAAACAUGAGAUUGAAUCGGGAAUUGGUUGUGCUUUUAACUGCUUUCAUAUCAUCAAUAAUAAUUGGAAUAUGUGCAUGUCAUUGAAUCAUAUUACACUCAUACAUGUAUUCCAGUAAAGUGAAAAAUUGUGCCAACGACAGGAUGAAAAAAAUGGCAUUUCAUCUUUUUUUAUCAACUGCCAUGAGUAAUUUUUUUUGUGAUAUGUGUUUUCACCAACAUUAUGACUGCAUAUUGUGAUAAUUAUUUUCCACAAGGGCUCUGUUGUCCGAUAACAUAUUUCUUUUUUUUUCUGAAGACGAAAUAACAUGUUUCAGUGUUUUCAAUAAAAUGAACCACUGAAACAAGAUUGUACUUUCAUGUACAGAAUAAGAAGAGAUAACUCUAACAGUAAGUAUGUAGAGGGUCAUCGAUGCGGUUUUUUAUUUUUAUUUUUUUUUUUAUUCUUUUUUUUUUGUAGAAAUAAAAAUACCAUUUUUCACUAGGCCCAAAAAAUUGUUUAAUUUGGUUUUCUUCAUUGUAAUACACAAUUUUUAUUACUUUUGUCUUCGGAAUAAAGAGUACAAAAAAUGACAUCAUCUGACAACCAAGGCCCUGUGAUAAUUCCAAAUUAUUUCUGUGGAUUUGAAUGUUUGUAAAUGCUUGUAAUUCUAAUAUCUUUUUUCAUAAACUCAGUUCAUGUACAUGAUUUUGCAUAUAAAUGUAUGUGCCAUUUAUUAUCGAGAAUUUCUUUGAUUUUACAGAAACAAACAACAAUCUCUGCAAUAUUUAGUGGUCUGUGUGGCCAUCAUCUCUCUUACUUUAUCUCGCCAUUUAAAGAAUCGGAAGUUUACUUUCCCAACAUUUUUAUUGAUUUAUUUGUGUAUUCAUAACACUGGUUUAAAAUUUGACUCGAUGGAAAGACAGUAAAUAAUGACUGUGGAUACGUUUCAUAAAUAUGAAUAUGGUAAUAAAUACGAGUUGUAAAAUUGAUAUAGGCGCACUU